AUGGGGCUCCCUCUGCUGCUGGGGCUGCUCCUCUGCCGAGCCGGAGGCCUCCUUGCUCUGCCAAGGGACUGCAUAGCAGCUGAGAAGAUUUGCCUGAUGGACCCUGCCUGCAAUGCCACCUACCAGGCUCUGGAAAACUGCUCCCUUGAUAAGACACGUUUCCUCCUGCUGAGUCCUGAUGCCAGAGCAAGGUGCCGGGAUGCAAAGCUAGACCUCAGAAGCAGCCCUUUACUGCAUUGCAAGUGUCACCGCCGCAUGAGGAGACAGAAGCACUGCCUGCGCAUCUACUGGACUGUUCACUCCAGCUUCACACACGGUUAUUUCAAUUUGGAGACUUCUCCUUAUGAGGAUCCAGCAAAUGAAGAACCCUGGAAGAUUGACUACAACAAGCUGGCAGCUUUGGUUUCAGGUUCACAUCUAGCAGGGGACAGCGCAAAUGCCUGCCUGAAAGCAACUCACUUCUGCAGCCUGAAUGAGAAAUGUGUCCAUCUGCGCACAUAUUAUGCCUCCAGCUGCACCGAGGGUGCAGAGUCUGGAGGCACCUGUGACCAGCGUAAGUGCCACAAAAGGCUACGACAGUUCUUUGAGAAGGUCCCUGAGGAUUUCACCAAGAGGCUCCUGUUCUGUCCAUGUCAAGAUGAGCUCUGUGGGGAGCGACGCCGGAAAACCAUUGUCCCUGAGUGCUCCUUCCAGGACAGCAUCAAACCCAACUGCCUCCUUCUCUUGGACUCCUGUAUGAAAGAGCAUAUCUGCAAAUCCCGACUGGCUGAUUUCCAACAGAACUGUCAGCCUGCAGGCAUGUCCCCAGAUGGCUGUUCUCAGCACAACCAUGCCGCGUGCCUGAAGGCUUACAUGGGGAUGAUUGGUACAGCCAUGACACCAAACUAUGUUGGUAACUCCAGCACGGAGGUUUCGCUAUGGUGUACCUGUGAGAACAGUGGCAACCAGCAGGAGGAGUGUGACCAGAUACGCAGCAUGUUCAUUAGCAACAAAUGCCUCAAAAAUACAAUUCAGUCUCAGAUGCAUCUGAGCCAGGCAACUCUGGAGGGGCAGGAAGGAUUGUUUUACAUGCCUUCCCUGAGCUUCCAGGGGGACAGCACCAACACUUCUCUUGCUUCAGAAAUGUGCCAGGUCACCAAGACAAAGCCAUGGCCAGACAUCUCUGAGUACAGCAGCAUGCCCAUGGCCUCCUCUGUGUAUGCUGGAGCUGGGGUUUCCUGGCCCCCAAUGGCCCUGCUGCUAGUGUUGCUCCUGCUCAGCCCACCUUAA